CACGACCAUGCAGCUAGGCCUAACCCUGGUAGUGGGGGUAGCCCUGUGCUUGGUGUAUGGCCAGUCCUUGCUGCAGGUUCCUGAGCGUCCCUUUUCUGUGCUGUGGAAUGUACCCUCAGCAAGAUGCCACUGCCAUGCAGCCACCAUUACCCGAAACAACCAACUACAUUGGCUCUGGGCCGCUUCUAGCGCCAUCUUCCCUAGCAUCUAUCUCCCACCCAAAAUGCCACCUGCCUACCAUCAGGCCUUCGUCCGACACCGCCUAGAGGAGGCCUUCCGUGUAGCCCUUGCCAGGCACGCACAUCCUUUACCCGUUCUGGCCUACGCUCGCCUCACACACCGGAGCUCCGGGAGAUUCUUGUCUCUGGAUGACCUGGUGAGGACUAUUGGUGUGAGUGCAGCACUGGGAGCAACUGGAGUGGUUCUCUGGGGGGACCUGAGCUUCUCCAACUCUGAGGAGGAGUGCUGGCGUCUCCAUGACUACCUAGUGGGCACUUUAGGCCCCUAUGUGAUCAAUGUGACAAAGGCUGCCAUAGCCUGCAGUCACCAACGAUGCCAUGGCCAUGGUCGCUGUGCCCGGAGAGACCCGGGACAAAUGGAAGCCUUUCUGCAUCUGAAGCCAGAUGGCAGUCUUGGAGCUUGGAAGUCCUUCAGAUGCCGCUGUUACUUGGGUUGGGCCGGCCCUACUUGCCAGGAGCCUAAACCUGAGCCUAAGGAAGCUAAGUAGAGUCAGGAGUUCCUGUCCUUAGUUCUUGUCCCUGCUGCCACUUUCCCAGGCUAGGGAAAUUCGCCUUUAUGCUUUGUUUAGCUAAUAGAAUUUUACCAAGUAAAUAGGCCACUUCCACCAACACACCUCCCCUCAGAAUUCCUAGGGAAUAGAUAGGGCCUAAUAAAAACAUAAAACCAGAUUCAGAGCCCUCUGAGGUCAUCUGACUUAAGGCAAUAGAGCAGCCUCAGGGAGUCAGUUCCAGACAUUUAAGGUUGCCAGCCAGCCUAGGGCUUUGUUUCCAUACCUUAGUGCAGCUACUGAGAAGUCAUAGCUAGGGGCAGAGAGACAACCCCUACACUCUUCCCAACACACGCGCAUAUACACAUACACACAUGCGCCCUCGCCAAAAAAAAAUAUAAGCUAAGGUCUGUUAAAUGCUAGGCUAUUAUUUGUACUGUCAUCCAUAAAGUCUCUCUUUCGUUA